AUGUCUCUGUCCACCAACACUCUCUCUUCCGCAAGCACGACGGCCCUGACACCAGUACUCGCUGCCAAGACCCCUGCUUAUGCCGCCAACAUGCUUGGGCCACUAUUCUUCCUCUGCGAUGAUGAUGGUGUCGACGGCGCUGGUACGAGAGGGGGAACCUCUGCUUGGAUGUUAUUCUGCUGGCUUCCCCACCGCAAACAGCUGGUUUUCGGGCGAGACGGCCGCCAGAGACUCCAGACGGCGAUGGAUCUGUCGUCAACGGCCCGGCCUUCGAUACCAGUUCUUUAACGCCGAAGGCAUCGGUUUCUGCUUCUCUGACUUGAAGCUCUGGUUGAAAUGGAGGGAGAACCUCUGCUCGGAUGACGGAUGGUCGCUGAUUCAUGGUGCGCUCAUCUGAUUUUGCUCUUUGCUUCUUAUUGACCAUUUUUGUAGGAUUUUACUGGCUGUCGCCGCUGUCGGCUGGCGCGUGCGCUGCGUCAGCGUUGAUGGCAGAACAAAGCUUGCUGUAA